CUAUGACACAGUGCAGUAUGUGUAGCGUGCAUCGUGUUUGGCUGGACAUCGUCUUUUGAGUUGACUCAUUUGAAAGGGUCGACGCUGCGUAGCGCCGACCAAGUCGUAGAUCUACGAUCGUCCUACAUGUAUCUUGGCGUUCACGUGGGACUCGCUAUUUCAACGCUUGAGCUUGAGCAAGUAACAGUUAGUUGAGGUACUCGAGGUGUCGGCUGCAAAAUCGCACAAGUAUAAUAAUUGUACUUCGUCACCUUCUGCAGGUACUACAGUAGUACUACUACUAGUAGUAGGAGAAAAAGCCGAACCAUCUGGGCGACGAGCUGAGCUGGGAACGGUGCACCGGUGGCUGCUGGAUUGGCCACAUACGCCGGGUAGCCUGUACACCCCGUAGACACCCGUCCAAACAACUGGGAUUGACUGCAGACUGGAGCGAUGAGCAGUGGAGGUCAGGCCGGUAGCGGCGCUGCUGGUUCAGGUGCUAGUAGACCAGUGAGCAGUGGCAUUAGUGCUGGCCUGCAAGGUAAUCCGCAUGCACAGCGGAAUCGACCAGCGUCUGCAGACUGGACGAGAGGUCAUGAAGUGCAUAUGGAGGGCCGAGAACCUUUCCAGGUGUGGAGAUCCGGACUUCAUAGUCAAAUCGCCAGCCUUGAGAAGAACUUGGAUAAUGUGGAAGACCAGAUAGAUGAGCUAGAGGACAGUGGAGAUGACCCAGCACCUUGCAAAAGUGCGGAAAAAGAUGGGAAAGUUGGUGAGGAUCCUGAAGCUAUGGUGAGAGCGAAACCUAUUGCAAAGGCCCAACCCAAGAAGUGAACAAGUGAGCAGGCUGCUUUGCCUCAGUUGACCAGCAGCACAUGAUCAUUGCACUAUGCACAUGUGAGAGACUGCCCCAGGUACACCUUUUUCCAAAUAACUAUUACCGUAUAAUUAACGCUAUUAAAGUUUUGUUCAAACCAUCUGCUAAUUACUUGGUCCUCGCAGUAGCAAAGGAUCAACUGAUAAUUCAUGUUGAUAUGCUACCCGAGCAGUGUAUCAUAAUUAUUGACUAUAAUUGAGAAACCAUAAUUAUUGCUCUACUUUUGCCUAGAAAUCACAGCAGCAGUGUUUGCCUAAUACAUACUACAUGUGCCAGUACGCACGUUUUGGCCAUAUGGCACGCGAGCCUCAAGUUGCCAGUGUUCAAAAACAUCGUCAUAGAUCUCAGUGACACAGCACAGCCCCAUCAAACGUUCAUCACUUAGUCCAUUUUUGACACUGUGAAGCACAACGUAAAUUUGCACCAGUACAUGAUUCUCAGCUGCCUUCUUGAAGUACAUGACCAGUACAUUCUCAGCUGCCUUCUUGAAGUACAUGUACAAUGUACUUUUAAUCCUUCUCCGUAUUUCUGAGCUACUGAUAGUAAUGCGAUCAGAUUUGAACACAGUGCAUUUUCUCUAG